CAAUGUUUUGCUGACAAAAAUCAAUUCAUGUACUCGUCGAGAGUACGUUAAUUAUAGGCGGCUAGAUAAACGUCUUUUUUUUUUAAAAAAAAUCAAGAUUUUAGUUUUAAAACUUAAAGGCUGAAGUAUUUUAAGCUACUAUAUCUAUAAAGGGCACGCUUAAAUAAUAUCAACAUGGAAAAAUUUGUUUCGGCAGUGACUGAUGAAUGGCUAGUUUCAGAUCGGUAUAGAAAAACACGGCGAGUACAGGUGUAACGUCCUCGUUCAUGACCGUUAGACAAAUAGGUCCAGUGAUAAAUCUUUGCUGAUUCAGUAUUUGGCUGUCCUAAUGGCAAACCCUAAGUGUAUUGUUGUCGUCAAAUAGGCCGUUUAGUAGGAUCUGCCAUUAUGAAAAAUCAUUCUUCAAACUGUUAUAUACUCCAGUAGUCCAAGCGAAUUGACUCACCAUUGUCUAUCGGCAAGGCAAUCGGUAACAGGCCGAUCUGGCCGGCAGGUUUCUUACCGGACGCCUAAGCUCAUAGCUGUCCUAUGAUAUCAUCUUAUUGAAUCAUAACGGCAGCUUGAAUGGAUUCACCUCUGGUGAACGCCAUCGACGAGGUCUUCCACUUCUCUAUUUGAUUUCCUCUAUCCAGGCGCGCAACUAGUCGAGGCAAAUAUAUUUAGUAGCACCGCUAGAGACCUAAUGCUUAUGGGGGUGGGCGAAGAUCGUUUCGAAUAAAUUAUGUGUAGGAAGAUCAUGCAGUGAGCGUUCCCUUUAUCCCAUUUGCUUAAAGGCUGCUUGUGGACAAAUAGAAUCGUUGUUUCGUAUCGAUAACGUUGCGCAUGAAUUGCCAAAGGCAGCAACCGUAAAAGCGAUAAAGAACAAAUACUUAACCUAACUUUAUGGCUUAUGCCAUUCCCAUACCAACCAGAUCACGAAGGUAAAGCGUAAAUUUACGAUUAGAACGACUGCACAACCACAGGACUAGCUAAAAAAGACAGCCUCCAGGUUACGUCCCGGACAGAAUCUCUGAAGUUUGCUAAUAUUAGGUUCAUAGUUUGUGAUAACGGCUACUUGCUUAUAUCGUAUGAUGAAACGUGCCACUUCACAGGCCAGGUAAAGGGUGCUGUUAGUCUUCAGAGAUAACGAAAGUUACCUAUACACCCACAGGUGGGGUAAAUUUUACUAAACGGUCAAGGUUGGCCAGAUGAUUUGCGCAUGUAUGCAAUUACUGUGAACGUGUACGUUACUUUAUUUAAUUGAUUCCUUUUCGAUUGCUGGCACAGAAACGUUAUUGAUUGAAAGCCGGCUCGGAUCUAUUUGCAGGUUGAGUAACCAAUAAAUCCAGAUCGAUACUGAUGCAAGAGGAUGGUUUGAAUCUUCAGCGUUAGAUCAUUUGCCCAAGGGUGCUUUUUUGUAUUCAUUUCCGUUUGGCCGUCCUAUUUGAUACGGACGAUUCCAUUGAUAAAGGUAACAAUCUCAGCACGGGACAGUAGACGAAUCAGCGGUAAUACUGAACAUCGAGAGCAAAAGAGACACAACUGUUUACGAGAUGAGAUAGCCAGUCAUCGCUACAAGACAGCCUUGAAUUACCGUGGGACGAUAGCAUGACAUAAUGCUGUGAAAAUCGAACGCCCGUGGAUCGAGUGGCUUGACGGAUGAAUCGCUUAGCUUCGUAAACCUUUGUUGAUCCUAUUGUUGUGACAAAAUGGUGAAUUUUCACUGUCAGCUACCGAUUCAAGUUGUGUACGUUAGGACGGCGCAUCAAAUCUGUAUAUAUGUUUAAAGUGCACGUGCGGACAUGGAUACACAUGCAAUGUCAGUGCUUUCAAAAACAGUUAAGCUAUAAGAGUAGCGGCGCGAAAAGUUCUGGUACCGAUGCCUUCGUACUAUCUCAAUUCAAAGGCUACCAUGGUAAUAGCGUCGUUUAUAUUUCUGCUGGUGAUGCCAUGCUAUCCAAUGGUUCAGAUGGCUUUUAUCGAAUCUUCUUCAGCUUAUAGAUUCAGUGAGCGCGAUCCUAAACGGGUUUUCAAUGCUUAUCUAAAGGUCCACCACAAUAGCAAUGGAUCCUUGUGCAUACCAUACAGAACCGUCUGCUACCUUAUCGAGCAUUUGAAAAAAACGAAAGUACCAUCGAUGUUUCAACAUGAAGAAAAUCCCUCGUAUUUAAACAAGUGCGACAUUUUCAGUGAGUGGUUAACGUGCCCCGCGACCCCGCGCAAGCCAUUAGACAAAGUCAAGGUAGUUAGACUCGCGUGUUCCCGAAUCAAGAGAACGAGCCUGGGUCGUGAAUGCCAAGGCUGCAUCGUCGUAUUUGGCUCAGGUGUCGUAGGGAUUUGUACCAAUUGGACCCUGCUCCUAAUAACAACUUUUUUGGUCACUGUGGUUUUGCCAAUGAAGAUCGCCUAAUUACGACAGAUCACUCACCUAAAAACCAUCGUCUUGGAUUCACCUCGCGUCGAGAUCCUUCUAAACAGUAACAGUUGACAUGCCCGUAGAUGACGCCCAGAGCAACUUGUAUAUAUAUAUAUAUAUAUAUAUUCACAAGUAUCAUAUAAUUUAAUUAGUAUAUUCAAGGAUAUAUGAAUUUGUAUACGUGUUUACUGAAAACGUCAAACUGAAUUUUCCAAGAAUAUGACAAAGUGGCAAUUAUAGUUGAAAAAAAUAUCUUCGAGCUAAAUACAAUAUAUGUUACGCUGUGAUAAAACGACUUUGAUAAUAAAUAUACUAGAAGCCCUUGUAUCUAUCGUUAAUAUACAAAAUAGAGACAAUAGCAUACUAAAAACAAAUGUUCGCUGCUCUACUCCAGCUUGAUGUUAAUGAGUUUUUUUUUUUUUUAUCUAUCACCAAAAACCAAACAGUAUAUGAGAUGUGUGUGUAUUCCCUAUUGCAUUUCUACGAUCGUUAUAACAGUCACAUUAUAAAAUAAGAUAGUUAAUAUAGAUACAUUUCUCACAGUAAAGAAAGUAACUUUCGUCUGUGCUAACGAUAUACCCCGAUAAAGACUAAAGAUGAAACUACAAUACAAGAAAAUAAACACAGAGGGUGAACUCUAAGUGCUAUAAAUAUUUGAUUGGAAUGGGCCGAUCGGCAGGUCGAUCCUUUGAUAAUCAAGCUAUAAAGCUGCUUUGGCAUCCUUUGGUGUUUAGAAUGUACUAGAAUACUACAUAAAUGAUGACCGAAGCUGAGCUCCAACGGCGCCGGUGAAGGCAG